AUGCGGCUUCCGCCUGAGCUGGCCAGCUUCCCGUACGAUCCCGUACAGGGUCAAGAGGUCGAUGUGCUCAUUCCAUGUGCCGUUCCAACAGAAUCGACUGAUGGAGAUGACUCGGCCUUAGUUUCUAGGCUUUCAGCCUGGUGGCCCGGGCGUGUAAAGAAAGUGGGCGGAGGUUUUGUGAUAGUGGAGUUGUUGUCGACGUUUACAACAGACCCGGUACCCGCAAAACACUCUACUACGAAGGUGGAGGUUUUAAACGGUCGGAUAAGCAUUCCUCUCCCAUUAUCCAUCGAGAAAACAGACAUUGUUGAAAAGCACCAGCUUCGGCCGCGUAGUCAUCAAUCUAAUUUCACUGCCUCCAGUUUCCAUAUGCAUGCUAUAGACAUCCCAGAUUCUCUGGUCAACUAGCUGCAGAGAACCAGCAAACUAUCAGCAUUUCGCGCGCCGGUGUGGCUUACCGGUUUUGGUAUGCAUGGCUCCGGAAGCUCUCCAGCCCGAGACGCCUGUGAAAGAUCAAGAUGAUGAAACCUACGAACUAAAGGCUCGUUUGCUCGUCAUUUCACCGGAUGUUUCCACAGUGAAAAGGGCUGCCGUGAUAGAUAAUACGUUCAUCGAUAUGCUGCGCCAGAAGGUUUUGAUUUUGCAACAAACGGAAGAGUUGUCACGUAAGCUGGAAGCUUCGCGAGUCAGCCAGAUUGCCGCUCCAUUCAUCGAGGAGGUCUACGUUCCCGAACAUCUUAUACCUUAUGCUAUCGGGUUUCAGGGAUCAAAUAUACGACGAGCCAGCAAUAUCGAGGGUGUGUUUUCCAUCAAGCUAAACAGAUCCACUUGGACAUUUCAGAUAUCUGGGAAGUCCAAAGAAGCAGUUUUGCAAGCCAGGGCUUUACUAGACUACACCACGGAAGUGAUUCCAGUUCCUCGCACGUAUGUUGGUCCCAUUGUUGGUUCCGGACAACGGCACAUACAACACAUUGUCGAUUGUGUGGGGCUUAGUGGACUGAAAAUAUGCGAUAUGCCGGAAGAGAAAAUGGAGAAUUUUGUUGCUUUCCACUUGACUGGGACCAGCCAAGCGAUACGGGACGCGCGAAUGUUUUUGGAAUUUCAUGUGGCGAGUCUGCAAGACCUAGAUCGGUUGAGGGGGGUGAAAAAUCCCCCGACUCUUCCUGCUAAAAAGGACGCAGAACCAGAAAAUCAUUUUCCUGCGGAAGAGGCCGAGGGGUCUGGUGAUGUCACAUCGGCUACUGGAGUACGACAAAAAGGUGGCCGCUCUUCCCAACGUAGUCGACGUAGACCUCCGCCAUCGUCAAAUCAAGGUACUCUGAGCAACGGGGACUCCACCAUCCCGCAAACGGAGACCUACGAAGAUGUGCGUACAAACGAACCAGCGUCCACCGAAAACCUGGAAGAAUCCGGGCGCCAGACCUCGAAGCCUCGUCAACGUCGUCCACAACACGUGCAAGCUAAGAAUAACAGUGCACUUUCGAAGCAUGGUGGUGAGGAUCACUCCACUCGCCCAACUUCUGAUCAACCUAAAAUUAACCAUGUUGGAUCUGAUAACAGAGGAGAACGUCUCGUGAACGGUACUGCUCCCCGGGGGUCCUUCAGCAGACAAAAUCAUCGCGGCGAUUUUCACCAGCCAGGUACUCCUGUUGCUGCUCCAGUUCCUGCAGUGAUU